GCGAAUAAAAACAAAACAACGCUCUGUUUACAUCUAUUUUAGUUCACAAGCAAUAUUCGCACGUUUCAUUCCCAUUUUCUCGUGCAAAGCGAACUGUAAAGUGAACUAUAUUAACAUAUUAACCCUGUAUUAUGCGAAGUAAUACUUUCAAGUAGUAGUUUUUUCCCUGCACAACACCUUACAAUGGCCAGUGAAGAUACCGCACCGGCUGACUUUUCGGCCCUAGUCAACGAGGAUGGAAAGAACAAAACGAACGUAAAGUGCGAUCGCUGCGGAUCGUUGAUUUUAAAAUCGACAAACAGUGAUUACGACUCGACAGAGUUCGUGCUACCGUUGGCCAAGCAAAAGCGUCAACCGGUGGAGCAGGAGGCGGAAGAAUUUACCUCGGAAACGUUGAAAGAUUUCUGGAUGGUGAAGGAUAUGUACACGUUCGAGAACAUUGGCUUCAGCAACACGGUGGACAAUCGGAAGUAUCUUACCUGUGCCGAUUGCGAGGCCGGUCCGAUAGGGUAUCACGAUUUGGAGACGAAAAAGUCCUACAUCGCACUGGCACGCGUCAAGCAUGAGUGAGGGACGAAUUCGAUUCACUCAAUAUGGCAUUUGCUACAUGAUUUGCCGUUAAAAAUAAAAUAAAGGUGAAAAGCA